CAGGUUCGCCGUUUGUUGCGCGUGUUGUGCGCGCACUGUUGUGUUGUUUGUACAGUUUUGUUAUGAUUUCGCGUUGGGCGUUGGGGGUUCGCGGGCAGGUUGCGGUUAUCCAUGUGACGAGCCCUUCUGUGCAGCAGCGAGAGUGCAGUAGUGUACGUGUGUGCGCCGUACGAGAGUGUUUUGUAUCCGUCGUGUGUACCGUGCACAUCGUGAUGUCAUUGCGCGGUUGCUUAAGUGGAGGGGAAAAAAUAGAAUUAGAAAAAAAAGUCCAAAUCCCCAUCCCCAUUCACUUAAUACCACCGAGAACGGCGAUAUGUCAAACGUCGGCGAACUGUGGCUAAGCUAAGCAGCUAAAGGUGAACAGAAAUAAACCUACUACUGAGGGUGGAGAGGAGUCAGUGUUUACAAACGAUCUUGUGCUGCUGGGCGGGAAGUUCGUGCGUGAAUCGAAGCAAAGCACUCACGCGCCACCCUAUGCGCCAUACGUGAAAGUGAAAAGCGCAUAAAUUUCACCCUUUCCCAGGUCCCGGAUGCUGUGGCAGUGACACAGUGACAAUCAGGUUCGAAGGAACGGUCUCUGCUGCGUAUGGCAGCAUACGCAUGCACGCCGUUUUGUUCGCGCUGUCGAAUUCAUCCCGGUUUUCGUGUUGGUGGUGGUGUAGUGCGUUGGGUUAUCGAAGGAGUGUAUAGUAAAAAACGGCAACAGCAACCGAAAACAAAACAAAAACCGAAAGCGAUAUUUAUAUUGGGGUGGGUUCCAUUUGUGAAAGUAUCCGUCACGCACAGGAAUGUCGUUGUUCGGAGGGGUGGGAGAGCGUGCUUAUGCGGCAGGCAGCAAGCGCGUCAAGUGAGCUGCAACUGCGAGCAGCCGUUUUGUGAUAGGGAGAAUGCUUUUUUGCUUGCUAGACGAAGGAAAAGGGCGCGCAUUCUUUGGCGGAGCUAAGCAAAAUUCGUUUACCUUUCGGCUUGGCGCCCGACUUGGGACCGAUUUGUUGGUAACCACCGGGGUAGCUCAUCCAAGUAGCUCUCUUCUAGCGACUCUGGUUGGCUGGUUGACAUUUAUCGCGUUGUGUCGUAGCGUGCUAGUAGCAACAGGUACGUCACACAGGCCCACAGGCUGCAUCCACCGAAAGGGAUGGUUGCCCUUUGUUUAUGUGCAACGUGUGCACAUAUACACAGAAAGUACCGUACUCCCGUCAGCAGGCUGUGCAAAGGUAUGCUUUGUUCUUUGUGGACUGAGCACUGUCUUGUCUUGGUACAACUACUUCUGCUACUAUCCGGCAGUGCGUUGGAGUGGGUUUUAAGUGGCCAUUUCCGGUUCCGCGCUGGAUAGCGCUUUGAUAGCGCAAAAGGAAGGUAAACACGCAAAAGCGCGCGCGAACGGCGAGAACGAAGAAGAGAUUUCGACAGUUGUUUGUUGUUUGAGUCGUAAAAGAAACGACAAAAACCCUCACCGGUUACCCUUUUCGGAUAUUGCUCCGUGCCGUACCGUGUAGUGACAUUCCAGUGAAACGGGAUUUUAGUUUUGAGCUAUUUAUAUGUGUGUUCUAAUGUGUAAGUGUUUACUGAAAUUGUUUGUAUGAAAGUGCACCCGCUGUUGAUGGUGGUAGUGGUGCUGAUUGUGUCCAGUGUUUAGCCAUGGUGCAGUAAGUGCAAUUAAAAUUAGAGCUGGUUCGAAACAAUGAACACAGUCGUGUUCACAUUCUGUUCGGUUCUGCUGCUCUUGGGCGCGAGAAGGUUGAAGGUCUUUGCCUUUGCUCGGUGCUGGCUAGAAACAAGUAAAGGGAUUGUGAUCGCGUUCUAAGUGCGGUGUUCCACGAGACAACACUCCAUGGCAUGGUCCUUCAGCGGGAGUACACAAAACAUCGAUGUAUUUUUCUUUGCCAAAGACAACGGGCUGAGGCACUCCAAAAAAUGAUGAUGGGCGUGCUGUGUCCUAGAUCGAGACGAUGAAAAGCAUGCUCCAAACGAACCACCGUCUCGUUCCCUCACCACCACGCUGUCUGCCGACACUCGCGGUGCCAUAAUCACCAGCCCGAAGGCACUUCACAUGGUCACCGGUGGUCCCAAAGCGAGGCCUGUUGUUGGCCGAUAGCGGUGGGCCCUGGGGCAAUUAGCUGCGAUAUAACCAUUUCCGACAAAUCACCACCAUCGUGAGCACACAGAGCAUCAGCUCCGUCCCGUGAGAGCGGCCGCACCAGUAGCAAACGAUUUUCCACCUCUGUCGGAGAUGGAUCAUUUCCCUCUUGUAUUUUUUCCCCUCUGUUUCGUUUCUAACACACACCGAGAGUGGCCCGAUGCCGGAACAGGAAGCGAAGUGAAAAUUAAUAGUGAAAAAGAGUGUACGAGAGCGAGAAACAGGAGGGAAAACAGAGGCAGAUGUAAACAAAUCAAACACAGCCACAAGCGUGCCGAGUGAGAGAUAUUAAUGUGCGACUGUUGAUACAUGUGUCCAUUCGUAAAGAUUUGUUACGAAAUGUCUUAUGAAGAUAGAGAAGAGAGGAAAAAAAGGCCAACAAGACAUAAGGACAGUUGGGGGGUUGUUGCCUUUUUUGUAGCUUUUCUCCCGUGGUGUUCGGUUUUGCAAAACAUUGAUUCUUUUGCUAGUAAUUUUCCCAUGUUUACCACCUCCACCAUCUCCAGCGUGAAGUGUUAAUUGUUUCUUUUAAUAGCGUUUGUGUUUCACGGUUUCUUUAUAGCAAAACAAAUACCCCACAGCAACAGCAGCAGUAAAAGUAAUCAAUCAACCGAAAUCAGGAAGUGUCGAUAUCGCGCCCCGAAAGGUGUCGAUGUGGUGCUGUGAUCUGUUUCACCUGCAGCGUGCAGUAAAGUGCAGUUGAGUGGCCGUCCCUCAACCGGCACCCGGAUGGUGUAGCGGGCCCGAACCCAUCCUUGCAAAUCUUUGCAGCUGAUCACAGUGGCCGAUGAAGGGAAGUGUAUGUUUCAGUUUAACACCGUGAAGUGCACAUCACUGAAUUGUGUGUAUCGUGAGUGAGUGCGAGUGAUAAAGGGUAGUGAGGAAAGGAGUGACAGCGAGUGAAGAGUGGGAAGAGGGGUCAAGUGAAACGAAACGAACCCGCUGAUAAUGCUAUCGCGCAUCGGAACCGGCGGCGGCGCCGGUCACCAGGGCCAGCAGCCUUCGUCGGCUCCCCCGUCGCCACCGGCCGGCAGCCAUCACCGGGGCGUGGUGCCCCAGGAGGUGGACGAUCUGGACGAGUAUCUUUCCGAGUACAAGCUGCAGGCACCGACCGAACCCAUCGCCCAUUAUGCCGAUGGAGAACUGGAAGCAGAAUGGCUCAAUUCGGCAGGAUUUCCACAGCUAACCAAAGCAUUCGAAGAGGGUCGCGAGCUGUCAGCGACAGAACUAGCUCCGGUCAUCUCUGGUCUCUCGAGUAUGCACGCGGAAGCGGUCAAGCAGCGCGUGAAGGCGCUCAACCGCACGGUACGCGGCCGCACGCGCAACCGAUCGACGAAGAAGCCGGACAUACGGGACGUAUUUCGGGAUCAAGAUUCUUCCAGCACCGGUACGCGGUCGCGCAGUGCCACACCGGACUCGCUGGACUCGCUGCCGGGUGACGAUGCGUGGAACACGCCGCCGGGCAACGGGCACCACCACCAUCCACACAUACCGAGCUUCGUGUCCGUGUUCGAUGGGAAUGGUGUGGUGCGUCCGACACCGAUCCGUGGCAAGCAACACCUGCGGCGCACACCGAGCGCCCCGUUGCGCGGUUCGGCGGAGCUGUUCCGUGGAUCACACAUCCGAUGCGACAUCCCCAUACACAACGAAGGCAUCGAGCUGCUCAACUUCCAAAGACUGGGAACGAUUCACAUACCGAGGAUUCGGUCCGGCUCGGAUCCAUCCUGUACGAUCGGACCCCACGCCGGUCAGCACAUUUCGGGCACGCGCAGCCACACGAACCUGUACAACGGGUCGGCCGUGGCGGUCCGGCGGGACAACGACGACUCCGGCAACUCAUCAUCGGAGCAGAGCCCGCCCAGCUCGCCGCCGCGCAACAGUCUGCUCUGCAGCUCGGUCGAGAACUCGCCGCUUCGUUCGUCGUACGAACCGGUCAGCUUCGAGAGCAUGAUCAAGCAGACGUCCCCGUCGGCCGCGGACCAGUGGGAGCAGCGGCCGGAGGCGGCCCGCGAACCCUGCCUCGACAUCGACCAGAUAUCGGAGGGCGAGCAGAAGCGGCUGCAGCCGCUGCUCUGGCUCGAGCUGGCCUCACUGUUCGACAAAAACCACGUCACGCUCGACAAGCGGAAACCGUUCAAGCGAAAGCGCAAGGAGGAGGGCAACGUGUUCGGCGUGUCGCUCAAUGCGCUGGUGCGCCGGGACCAGCAGGUGACGGGCGAGGAUACGACGCUCGUGCCGCUCGUGCUGCAGGCCAUACUGGCCGAGCUGGCGGUACGCGGUGCCCGGGAGGAAGGCAUUUUGCGGGUACCUGGCCACAAGCAGAAGACCGAAGCCCUGUACAACGAGAUCGAGCACAACUUUUACUGCAAGCCGGAAAAGAUUGACCCACUGAUCAAGAAGGCGGGAGUGCACGAUCUCAGUGCGCUGCUGAAGCGCUGGCUACGGGAGCUUCCCCAGCCACUGCUCGCCAACGAUCUGGUGCAUCUUUUCUAUCAAACGAACGUUCUACCUCCGCAUGAUCAGUACAAGGCGCUGGCGGUCCUCUGUCAGCUGCUGCCGCACGAAAACCGCAACACACUACGCGAACUGCUCAGCUUCUUCCGGCGGGUGGUGGAGCUGCAGGACCUCAACAAGAUGACGCAACAGAACGUGGCCACCAUCAUUGCGCCUUCGUUCUUUCCACCGAGAUUCGUACAUCCACCCGAUAAGAACGAUAUCGGUGCGCAGGUACGCAUGGCCGCCCAGUGCUGCCACCUGACGAACGUGCUGAUCACCAUGUCCGACAGCUUGUGGUUGGUGCCGCAGCGCCUGAUCGAGCAGGGCAAGAUGAUCAACAAAAAUGGACAGCCAAAGCGUCAGCUAACGCGCAAAGCCAAAAACGGAAGCGGAAGCAUCAUCGCAAUCAACCGAAGUGCGAACAGCGGCGGUGACUUUGUGUUCGACACCAACCACAUCCACCGGUUAGUGAUCUGAUCGUGUGCGGAGCCGGCCCCCGAACGGGACAGCGGAAGGUGCUGAACCUGCGGGAUGAUUUACCAACCAUCAAGCUUUACAUCGUUGUCGUCAAACCCAAGAAAGCGAACGCUAAACCACUUACAUGCAUACUUAAUAUAUAUACAGACAUGCGUACUUGCUAAGAGUUAGUUAGUUAAGAAAGAUGUUUAGCAACAAACCCGACCGGUAUUAUGUUCUCUCCCCGCGGCUGUGUGUCCCUUAGUGCUCGCUCCAUUACCCCCCGCAUUACCUCAUUAGGCGACUAGGAACAGCGGCUGGGACGCACGCGGGAAAGACUUUUACGACUGAGGGUGCUUGGUAUAUUACAGGUCAGUUAGGUCCGGUGCUUUGCAGGGUGAUCCGUUUGCACAAUGAUCAACUGCGGCAGCCGGAAAUAGAUUAAUUAAGGAAAGCUUGGCACGUUCGUCGCUUGCUUACCGUUGUGUGUAUUGAGUUUUGUUUGUUAAGCUAGUUUAUUUUCCUGCAUUCUUCAGGCUGGUCAUACAUAUAUACAUUUACGAUAGAGCGUUUGUACAUAGGUUUGCGAUAGUAUUUUUGCGUGAGUAUUUUAAACCGUGUUUAGGGUCAGCGCAUUUAAAGCUUUUCUACUUCCCAGCGUGCGCUCCUUAGGGGCCGGAAAGAUAAAAAUAGGCAUAUUGGAAACCCCAGCGAAAGCGAGCGUCCGUAUUAUGAUUCAUUAACUAUGGAGGGUGGAGUGUCUCAACGUUUUGCCUAAUACAAGUGGGAAAAAUGUGCACGUUUGGAUCGGUUUUUUUUUAGCUCUAUUUCAUGGUGCUCUAAUUUUGGAAACGAUUCGAGUUUGCUCCUUCAAAACACAUGGUGAAGGUGAUUGAGAAGAUCUUCGUCUGACGGGUAACGUCGUAAAUGUCACUCGACUAUUCGUUUCAAUCGGUUCCAGUGGCCGCGUGCGGAAAGGGCAGGUUAAAUUUAGACUGACGACCGUUCACUCCAUUAGCCUUAACAGGUUCCAGCUGAAAGCAAUAUGAUUUAAAAAUAAAACACAACGGACACAACAUAGAUCGCACGAUCUCAUACAUAGCCCGUAACCAUAGCACAGUGGAUCAUCAAUCCGCAUAGAAUAUGAUCCGCACGCUUGCUGUAAAUUGAUGAGAGAAAUGAGGUGGAAAAGUGGCCUCACCAUCUCUUCCAAACGAUCGCUACGCUUCGCACAGUUUAGGGCAGUGUUAUAGUGCGCAGAUUUAGUCAACGGCAAUAUUUAUUAUACCUUCGCAUGGGGGCGAUGCUUUUGGUGCAGUAGGAAUGCAUAGCAUAGGUGUGUUAGUGAGGAUUAGAAGAGAGCAGGUGGUUUAGUAUAGUUAAGGCCCAUAGUGCUAUAAAUGUGUAACAGACGAUGGAAAACAUUACUUCGAAAAUUAAAUUGUGUGUAAAAGAGUUGCCUUUGCGCGUGUGUGUGUAUAGGAUUGAUACGUAAAUGGUGUGUGAGUGUGAUGAAAAUAAUAUUGCCUCUAAUAAAAGAUGUAUAAAUUUCAUUAAA